AUGCUGCUCUCUACAUUUCCUCCACAAUCUCCGCUAUCCAAUAAUUCCACCUUUGUCCCUAUCUUCUCCCCUAUUUACAAUAAGCCCCGUCCCUCCAGUCUCUGCCCAGCCACUGCCAACACUUCUCCACUCUCCGUCGCCAAUUCCCCCAAUUCGAACUCUUCCACUUUACUCCAUCACGUCAACAGCACGUGCGAUGAGGCUGGAGGAAGCGGCGAGCCGGAGCCGGAGGACCCGUUGGUGUCAUCGGCUGCGGCGGUGGCGGCUGCGAUACGGAAGGCAUCGACUUCUCCAGUAGAAUUCGUGCAGAGAAUAGAGAAAGACAGUGCAAAGAAUAAAGCUUUGAUAUUGCCGAGUCCUGAUUUUCAGAGGCUUUGUUUGGAGCAGCUCGACCUAUUUCGCCGCAUCGUGGAUUCGGAAGCUCUUCUCUCGGUUUAUGUCAGACCAGCUGGCAGCUAUGUUAUGGACAGGUUGGAGUUGCGUCGCAUUACUUUCUAUCCUGGUGUUAAUGUGGAUGAUAUCGUGGUUCUGAUUGGUAACUUUAGUAUUCCAGCUGGGUUAAGAGUUGCAGAAGCUGCAAUUUCAAGUAAACAGGCAGAACUUUUUCCUGAGCUUGGUGCUGUAGUUUUCCCUAUGGUCAAACAUCCAUUUGUCGUGGGUUUCUUAGUCGCCGAGCUCCCAGAGAUGGCUCAAAAAAGAGAAUUGCUUCCUGUGAAAGAAAGCUCAGUCCCUGGGCAAUCUUUUGCAUUGCCUCACAGUGUGGGUUCACAAUCGUUGGACAUCCAAACUUUCGGGGAUCACUCUUUUGAGAUAUCGAAGUUUACAAGAGAUCAACAACGAAAUGCCAUUAAUAUCACUAGUUCGCUUGCUAUGGCAUAUGUCAUGGAUCAGAAAGCAUUGCUACUUCAGCAAUCAUCGUGGCAAAAUAAUGUCAGGAUGAAUAAUUUGGUUGAGCAAAUUCGAGGUUCUCUUUUAAGCAUUCAAACUUUGAGUAAAUUGCUACGUGUUCACACCAGUAGAAGCGAGAUUUCAUAUGAUAUUGUCGAAGACAUUUUAGUGCAAGGUGAUCACAUGAGAGAUACUCUACAACAAUUACAGGAUGCUGUGCACUUGACAAAGGCUAAUAUGAUGCGCUAUAACAGUGAAGCAUUAAAGACGAUGCACCAGUCAGCUGGUCCACUACAUGAUUCGACGAAUUCACAAUUAUCUAAUAACUCUUCAGCUGAAAUUUCAAUCAGUGCAAUGCAAGAAUCUAGUCGCCAUUUUUCUAUUAGUUCACCGUCGAGGGAUUUGGAAUUUCCCAUGCCACCUCUUGCUCUGGCACCUUCAUAUCAACAGGGAAUCAGACCCUGCAAUGUUACUGAAGUACUGGAGGAUUUGGUUCGGGCCAUAGAGCCACUUGCUCAUAACCAGCAACGAGCUGUGAAACUAUGUGAACUUUCAAGUUCUUUGGUGGCUGCUGUUGAAGAACCUGCUUUGCGGCAAGCUUUGAGCAAUUUGAUUGAGGGUGCAUUGUUGCGUACAGAAGUUGGUGGAAAAGUUGAGAUAGUGUCCACUGGAGCACCAGCGGGUGGUGCUCUAAUCAUCAUCGAUGAUGAUGGGCCUGACAUGCACUAUAUGACGCAGAUGCAUUCCCUUGUACCAUUUGGGACAGAUCUAUUCGGUAAAGAUAUGAUUGAAGACAACACGACUUGGAACUUCAUUGCUGGACUGGCUGUUGCUCGGGAGAUUCUCGAAAAUUAUGGAUGCGUUGUCCGUGUUAUGUCUCCAAGAAACACAGAUGCUGCCUUCGGAGCAGGUGGGACACGAGUCGAGCUUUGGCUUCCCUCAUUUUCUGCUUCUUCCUCUGAUUUUGAUGGCUCUGCUCUGGAGGCCUGA